CCGCGUUAUUCACAUACGCGCUUUACAGACAAUUGACCCCAACAUAUGAAUGCAGCUCACAAUUUUAGAGUACACGUAUUUUGUUUCAAAGGUGCAGACAGACCACUUUCUUUCGUCUUCUGUAGCCAUUGGGUCGUUGUAAGGUCUCUUGCUGGCGUUGUGUACUUGUACGCAUUUUGCGCCAAGGAGGGCCUGUUUACGACGCUUUGCUAUCAAACAUGGUCUCCUCCAACAACUCUUUAAUGCCUCUGCGCCUGUUAGCGGUAGUCUGUCUUCUUCUUAGUGCCGCGUACGCCCAAGAGGAAGGCGGAGAAGGUGAAGGAGGCGAAGAGGAAGGAAACGUGUGUGACAAAGACUUUGAUCUGACAUUUUUGAUUGACGGCAGUGGAAGUAUCAGGCAAGCUGGAGCAGGAAACUUCGACCUGAUGAAGACCUUUAUAAAAAGGGUGAUUGAUGGAUUCAAUGUAGGUUUUGACAAUACCCAUGUAGGUGCAAUUAUAUACUCGUCUUCGUCGUAUGUUAAACCGGUGUUUGGUUUGGGGACUUACUUCAACAAAAAAAACAUCGACAAAGCCAUUGACGACAUGCAAUACCCCUCUGGCGGAACAUCCACAGGAAAAGCACUUGAAAAAGCAAGGACUCAGUUGUAUACGCCAGCGCAAGACAGAGAAGAUAAACCCAAUGUUUGUAUUGUCAUAACAGAUGGAAAGGCAGAUGAUUCAGUUGAGCAACCGGCAAAUGAAUUACGUACAUUAAAAGAAGCUACCAUAUUUGCUAUAGGUGUUGGAAAGAAUUACGAUAAGGCUGAGUUGACGAAGAUGGCGGGAAAUACAAGAAAUGUGUACACUGCUGAUUUCAAUGAUUUGGAAAAUGUCAUAGAACAGAUAAAGUUAUCUGCUUGCCAAGGUUCGCUUUAUGCCGAGCAGAUCAAUUAUUUGCCAAAGCUGAAGGAUGAGACAUUAAUAAUUGAUCUAAUUAAUUAUCCAUCAAACUCAGGUUGUUACUUUACCUCAACAGUGUGUGACAAAGACUUUGAUCUGACAUUUUUGAUUGACGGCAGUGGAAGUAUCAGGCAAGCUGGAGCAGGAAACUUCGACCUGAUGAAGACCUUUAUAAAAAGGGUGAUUGAUGGAUUCAAUGUAGGUUUUGACAAUACCCAUGUAGGUGCAAUUAUAUACUCGUCUUCGUCGUAUGUUAAACCGGUGUUUGGUUUGGGGACUUACUUCAACAAAAAAAACAUCGACAAAGCCAUUGACGACAUGCAAUACCCCUCUGGCGGAACAUCCACAGGAAAAGCACUUGAAAAAGCAAGGACUCAGUUGUAUACGCCAGCGCAAGACAGAGAAGAUAAACCCAAUGUUUGUAUUGUCAUAACAGAUGGAAAGGCAGAUGAUUCAGUUGAGCAACCGGCAAAUGAAUUACGUACAUUAAAAGAAGCUACCAUAUUUGCUAUAGGUGUUGGAAAGAAUUACGAUAAGGCUGAGUUGACGAAGAUGGCGGGAAAUACAAGAAAUGUGUACACUGCUGAUUUCAAUGAUUUGGAAAAUGUCAUAGAACAGAUAAAGUUAUCUGCUUGCCAAGCCGAACAGCGACCACCACCUCCACAAAGGGUAGGGCCGCCUGGCGAUCCUGGCCCGAAAGGCGAUAAGGGAGCCACAGGGCCUAUUGGUGUUGAUGGACCUGUUGGGCUCAGAGGGAUAACGGGUGAAGAUGGUUCACCUGGACCCAAGGGAUUGCCUGGAUCACCUGGCCUUCCUGGACGGCCUGGUCCUCCUGGCCCAUUUGUGUUGGUUCCUCCUGGUGGAGGACCAGAUGAAGGAGGUCCUGAUCCACUCACUAUUUCUGAGAUUCGUUCUCAGGAUUCAAAGGGCCCUGGUGCAUCAAGAAUCCAGACUGUCAGGGGACCUCCUGGGGAAGCUGGUUCUCCUGGGAGGUCAGGACCUCCUGGUACAAGAGGACAGGAGGGAGAACGUGGCGAAACUGGUGAAACAGGUCUUCGUGGAGACACUGGAACAGCGGUAAGAAUUAGACCAGUUUUAUUCAACUUGCAUUAAUGGCAUUGAUUCUGAC